AUGGGAUCGAACAAAGAGAAGGAAUGGAUGGACGAUUGUCUGCAGAGACUCGAAAGUAACUUAUAUUAUCCGUUUACUUUUUUCCCUCCUCACUUUUCAGCCCUCUCCCACAGCAAAUCCAAAUCGAUCGUCGACAUAAUGAGCGGUCACGAGAUCAUCGCAAUCCUACGGCUCGUCGAAAAGUCGUUCAUGGACGAGUGCAAUCUGAUCGAAGUGGAGGCGCCCAUCAAAAUAAUCGGAGACAUUCACGCGCAGUGGCACGACCUCGACCGUCUGUUCGAAGUGAUCGGAAGAGUGCCAGAGCAGAAGAUGAUGUUUUUGGGGAACUAUGUGGACAUGGGCGGCCAGGGAAUCGAGGUGACCGUCACGCUCUUCUGCUUGAAGAUCCGCCAUCCGCGCAAGAUGUUUCUGCUGCGAGGCAACCAUGAGAUACCCGAAGUGAACAAGGUCUAUGGGUUCUAUUCGGAGUGCGAGACCAAGUACGGAGCGGGUCUCUGGUGGGACUUCCAGUCCGUCUUCAACCGCAUUCCCAUGGCCGGUCUCGUCUCGAAGAGGGUGCUUUGCGUGCACGGAGGCCUCUCUCCCUUCCUCCGUUCGCUCGAUGACAUCCGCAACAUUCCUCGUCCGUGUGAACCUCAGAACAGGGGGCUCGUCACGGAUCUCUUGUGGUCCGACCCGACGAAUCGAGGAGACGGAUGGUUUUAUUCGGUUAGAGGUACGGAUGGUCGAAUAACGAUACAACACAAUUGAUCGUUUGCAGGUAUUAGCUACAUGUUCGGCAAGGCGAUCGUCGAAAAUGCGUGCAAAACGCUCAAAGUUUCGCUGAUUAUCCGAUCGCAUAUGGUCGUGCAGAAUGGAUACGAAGUGAUGAGCGGAAGGAAACUGAUCACGGUCUUUUCGAUGCCCAACUUCCUGGGACUCGUCAGCAACUCGGCGGCGGUGCUCCACUUGAAUGCGCGGCUCGAAGUGUUCCACCAGAUCAUCCAUCCGUCCGUACAUCCUCCCCAUCCAUCGCAUCUUCGAGAAGCUUCUCCACUCGCUCGAGAUCUCGAUCCUCACAUUGCUUUUGCCGAUCAAUUGACUGUGAGAGCACUGGAAACCGCAUCGAAAACUUAA